CUCUCAAAUGAUCCAAUCGUUGAUCGAUAGUGAUGGAAAAAAUCAACUCCUGUGAGAAAAGAAACCCUUUCUCAUUGGAGAGGACAAGCAUUUUGCACUACUGCUGCUGUCCUAGGAGGAAAGAGCUUGGCAUCUCAGAUAUCUGAGUUCUAUCCAAUCAAAGAGAUGGACAAGAUUCUAAAGAUCCAAAGCAAAGCACUGCUGAUAUGACAGUUUUUGUAAGUCGCGUGAUAUAUGGUCCUCCCUAUUAGAAGUUUUGUAACUCUGUGGCUUUCAUCUAGCCAUGGUGAGAAAAAUAUAGUCACUCACACAUUGAUCUUGCAACCUGUGGAUUACGAGCCUCAAUUCUUCAGAAGCUGCUCAGAACAAGAAGCUCAUAAUCCAUGGAUAAAAAAUCCUCUGGAAAUGGAGGUUGGGAAUGUCAACAGCAAGCAUUUAGUAUUAGCUCUCAAGGUUAAGAGUGUGCUCGAUCCUUGUGAGGAUGAAAAUGAUGACAUUCAAGAUGAUGAU